CUGGUCACAUAGUUACUUUGCUCCGAAACAAAUGACACGUCAAGUGAAUUGCAUGUCGGUCUCAGGCAAACAGUGAACUAAAACACCUUGAAAUUAUAAAGAUAACUGUCAGAAACUGAGUUGAAUUCGUGGACAGCAUUGCUGGUUAACACCAAUUGUCAAAAUGAGCCAAGUGCCGUGUUACACCAUCAUUAACUCGCCGGAUCUCGAGGUGCCGAACGAGAUGCAGCUGAAGCAAGACCUCGAAAAAGGCGAUACGAAUGUAAAAAUUGAGACACUCAAAAAGGUGAUCAAGCUGCUGCUAAAUGGCGAACGGUAUCCAGGUCUCAUUAUGACCAUCAUACGCUUCGUACUGCCCGUGCAAAAUCAUACGAUCAAGAAGCUACUGCUCAUCUUCUGGGAGAUUGUACCCAAAACAUCUUCCGAUGGCAAAUUGCUGCAAGAGAUGAUACUGGUGUGCGACGCCUAUCGCAAGGAUCUACAACAUCCCAAUGAGUUUCUACGGGGCUCCACACUCCGUUUCCUCUGCAAGCUGAAGGAGCCCGAGCUACUCGAGCCUCUGAUGCCGGCCAUACGCGCCUGCCUCGAUCAUCGUCACUCGUAUGUACGUCGCAAUGCGGUACUUGCGAUUUUUACCAUCUACAAGAACUUUGAUUGGCUGGUCCCCGAUGGACCCGAAUUGAUUGCCACAUUCCUGGACACACAGCAGGACAUGUCGUGCAAGCGCAAUGCAUUCCUCAUGCUCCUGCAUGCCGAUCAGGAGCGUGCUCUUAACUAUUUGGCGUCGUGUAUCGAUCAGGUGCAGAGCUUUGGUGACAUAUUGCAGCUGGUGAUCGUGGAGCUCAUCUAUAAGGUGUGCCAUGCAAAUCCAGCUGAGCGUUCCCGCUUUAUUCGCUGCAUCUACAAUCUGCUGAACUCCUCAUCGAAUGCCGUGCGCUACGAAGCCGCCGGCACACUUAUCACACUCUCGCUAGCACCCACAGCGAUCAAAGCAGCCGCUGGAUGUUACAUUGAGUUAAUUGUGAAGGAGAGCGACAAUAAUGUGAAACUGAUUGUGCUGGAUCGUUUGAUUGCAAUGAAGGAGAACGAGCACAUGGAGAAGGUGAUGCAGGAUCUCGUUAUGGAUGUGCUACGUGUGCUGGCCGCACCCGACAUUGAGGUGCGUCGCAAGACCUUGGCUCUAGCUAUGGAUUUGGUGUAUUCGCGCAACAUCAAUGAGAUGGUGCAGGUCCUCCAGAAGGAGGUGGCCAAGACCCACAAUGUGGAGCACGAGGAUACGGGCAAAUAUCGCCAGCUGUUGGUGCGCACCCUGCACACGUGCUCAAUCAAGUUCCCCGACGUGGCCGGCAGUGUGAUCCCCGUACUGGUUGAGUUCUUGUCGGAUACCAAUGAAUUGGCUGCCGUUGAUGUGCUGAUCUUUAUACGCGAAGCCAUCCAGAAAUUCCCGGCAUUGCGUGCGCUGAUCAUUAAGCAUUUGAUUGAGGCCUUCCCACAAAUCAAGUCGUCGAAGAUACAUCGUGCUGCUGUCUGGAUAUUGGGCGAGUAUGUGGAAGGUGCACAGAUCUUGGAAGUGAUUGCGGCCAUACAGCAAACGCUGGGCGAUAUUCCCAUGGUGGAUGCGGAGCAGCGUCAUUUGGCCGGUGAUCAGAGCGAGGAACAACUGCAUCAGCAGCAACAGACUGGCGGCGAUGCCAACAACACCACAAACAGCAGCAACAAGGUCACAUCCGAUGGCACUUAUGCUACACAGAGCGCCUACAGCUUGGCUCCUGUUGCUAAGAAGGAGAAACGUCCGCCAUUGCGACAGUAUUUAAUGGAUGGCGACUUCUUCAUUGGUGCCGCCCUCUCAGCCACCUUGACCAAGUUGGCGCUACGCUAUGCUGAACUGCAACCGGAUGCACGCACACAGAAUCGUGUCACCACACAGGUGAUGCUUAUCAUGAGCUCCAUUUUGCAUCUUGGCAAAUCUGGUUUCCCCACCAAGCCCAUAACAUACGAUGAUUCCGAUCGUAUCAUGAUUUGCUUGCGUACUUUGAGCGAGCGCACACCCGAAGCUGUUGCUGUAUUUAUGCACGAUUGUCGUGAUGCCCUGGGCAAGAUGUUGGACGCACAGCAUGAGGAGGAUCAGCGCAUGCUAAAGGAGAAGCAACGUGCCACAGCCAAGGUACAACCAGAUUCGCCAGUCUGUUUUGCUCAGCUCUCGAAUGGACGCGACAAUCAGCUAGGCGAGAAUGUGUUCGAGUCGAGUCUGAAUCAGGCUUUAGCUGGCACCAAAAAUGCCCAGAUCAGUGACGUAUCGUCGCCCAAUAAUAAGCUCAACAAGGUCACACAGCUGACGGGCUUCUCAGAUCCUGUCUAUGCCGAGGCCUACGUCAAUGUAAAUCAAUAUGACAUUGUCUUGGAUGUGCUAAUUGUGAACCAGACAAAUGACACACUGCAAAACUGCACACUGGAAUUGGCCACAUUAGGUGAUCUGAAGCUAGUGGAACGUCCGCAACCCGUUGUGUUGGCGCCGCAUGAUUUCUGCAAUAUUAAAGCCAAUGUGAAGGUCUCAUCCACCGAGAACGGCAUCAUUUUUGGCAACAUUGUUUAUGAUACAGCGCUGAAUACAAAUGUUGUGGUACUCAAUACCAUACACAUUGAUAUCAUGGAUUAUAUUAUCCCGGCCAGCUGCACCGACACCGAGUUCCGUCAGAUGUGGCAAGACUUUGAGUGGGAGAACAAGGUCACCGUAAACACCACCUUCACAGAUCUGCACGAGUAUCUCAAGCAUCUGCUGAAGAGCACAAACAUGAAAUGCCUGACGCCCGAGAAAGCUUUAUCGGGUCAAUGCGGCUUUAUGGCCGCCAACAUGUACGCCAAAUCCAUCUUCGGAGAGAACGCUUUAGCUAAUCUCAGCAUUGAGAAGCCCGUCGAUGAUCCAGACUCAAAAGUCACCGGUCACAUACGAAUUCGUGCCAAGAGUCAGGGCAUGGCCCUUAGCCUGGGCGAUAAGAUCAGCUCCUCACAAAAGCAAUCGGUGCAGGCCGCCUAAUAUGUAAAUCAACUAACGUUUUAUUAAAUAAAAAUCACUUUAAAUUAUCAAUACAAAGCUACUGUAGUUUUUAACACAUUUCAUACACAAAUCAAACUCGAAGAAAUG